UAUUGGAGUUAUCAGCGCGCAUUCCGUUAUCAAACAAAAAUACCGAAGUGUGAAUGGGGAUCAACGUGUUAGAUUGCAACCUUUUUAUAUCGAUACACGGUUAACCUAGGUGUGAGGAAACAGAUAUACAGCAUUCACAAUGGGUUAAAUUAGUGGUAUGCUGAUAGCUUUAUAGGGGGACGUCCAGGUGUUAAAUAUCUCUGUUCCAUGCCAUUUCAUUUCUUAAUUAUGAAUAGUGUUGGUUUUAAAUGAUAUGAGAUGGAACGUUUACAAUUUGCAAGGAGUCAUAUAACCAUACCAUCGGCGAUGAUUGUUUUUUGCUGGUGUUUCCAGAAUACACUUUUUUGCAAAGUUCCAGUCAUGGAUUUUAUCAUUUAAUUCAAGUGUGAACACACAUGAUUUUUCAAUACUGGACCAGAAUAUGAGUGGAUAUGUUGGGUGUCAUGGCAUCAAAAACCAUCAGAAAAAUUCGAAGAAAAUCGUGGUGCACGUUCAUUUCUGGUCUGUGCUCACUAGUUCUACUGUGUCUCUUUAGUUUCAAUAAUCAGCAUUUGUUUCGUGAAACUUGGGAUUCAAAAAAAAAUCCAUCCUCUAAAUUCUACUCAAGGCCUCUAGAAAUGGGAUACCAUUACAGAAACUUACAAAAUGUUAUUCAUUAUGGUAAUGUUAGUCAAAUCCAGUCUGGAGUAAUCAGCGAAGGAACGUUAUUCAAAGAACAGCUUAAACACGACGAUCCAAGGCGGAGCAAAACAUUGACUGAAGAAGCAAAAGUCUCGGGAAAAACAGACAAACUAUAUUCAAUGGACAUGGAAAAGGAGAGAAAACGUCGCCUACCACAAGCUAUAAUUAUAGGAGUGAAAAAGGGCGGGACCCGUGCCUUGUUGGAAUUUCUACGUGUCCACCCAGACGUCCAGGCUACUGGUCCAGAGCCACACUUCUUUGAUAAACACUAUCACAAAGGGCUUGAGUGGUACAGAAUGCUUAUGCCAGAGACGAUGCCAAACCAGCUCACAAUAGAGAAAACCCCGAGUUACUUCGUUACGAAAGAGGUUCCGUCAAGGAUUUUCAAAAUGUCCAAUUCAACCAAGCUCUUACUAGUGGUUAGAGACCCCGUGACCCGUGCCAUUUCAGACUACACCCAAAUUCUUAGCAAACAUGGUGGAAAAAUCAAGUCUUUUCAAAGCUCUGCUUUCUUGAAUAACGACACGACUAAAAUUAAUACGUCAUGGAUUGUGAUAAGAAUUGGUUUAUAUGUCAAGCAUCUAGAGAAUUGGUUAUCUGUGUUUCCCUCGGAACAGAUUCAUUUUGUUCACGGUGAAAAUUUAGUGACGAAUCCGGGGGAAGAAAUGAAGAAAGUUCAAAAUUUUUUAGGAUUGAAACAAUUUAUAACAGAACAACAUUUUUUAAUUAACAAAAGCCGCGGAUUUCCGUGUAUCAAGAAGAAAAUAACCAACAAAAGGGGCCACUGCUUGGACGAAACUAAAGGGCGUAAACACCCGAAACUGCCAGCAGAUGUCAUUUCCUCUCUCAAGCGUUUUUAUCGUCCAUAUAAUGAAAAAUUUUACCAAGUCACAAAUAUAAAUUUCAACUGGAUAUAGCAGUUAAAUAUCAUUUCUUUAUGAUGCUGUUAUUUCCACAUUAUUUCACAGACAACCACGUACCAAUUCCAAGUGGAACACAUAAAGUCGAUAUAAAGAUAUGCUUUUAAAGACAACAUAUUUGUCUUACUGGCAAUGGAUGUAAUUGAACGUGAAAAGAAUGCGUGCUCUGGUCAUUUAAGUGAUCCAUUUUUUUUGUAUGCUUCAAGCCAACAGACACGGAAGUGCUGCCUUCGUCAAAUUUAAACCGGAAAUGUAAUAAGUAAAGUAAUAAGUGAAAAUAGUGAGCCUGAUGGUUGUUUUUAAUUAGUGAUGGAUGUGUUUACGAGGCAUUUGACUGGGGGAAAGAAAAGAAGAUUUUUAUAGAGUGACCUGACCAGCAUUUCUGCAUUGUAAUGUGAUAUUUAGAUUUUUUCUCACUUGCAUUGUUACUUUAUAUCGUCGCAAGCCACGGUUUUGAUCAGCUCUCUCUUCUACAAAUCAA